CCGAAACUGAAUGAAAAACUUACUACGGAAGUGAAACGCCACGUACGAAAACAAAAACGAACAGAUGGAAAUUUAAUAGAGAAACUUUGCCUGGAAACGCGGAAAGUCUCAAUUUUUCAACGAAAAAAUGAAUUAGUUCACAAAGCAACACCACUUAGUCAAUAUGUCCACAACAAAAAAAUCACCCCCGCUCCGACAGAUGUCUCUAAUGUACGACCCCCCAUCAGCCCGCCAAAGACGCAAAACCCUCACCAAGCAGUUCUCCGAAGACAUAUCCGACAUAAAAGCCUCCAUUUUAGACCAUAAUUCCGAAAUCCGUAUUUCCCUCAAUGCCAAAACGAAGAAACUUCCAACAGAUCAUCCACCUCCUAUAAAAAUGGCCUGGACCGCCACAGACAUCAAAGAUGAGCCGGUAGUAGUGAAGAAAUGCAAAGAAAUUAGAAGAGGUAAACUCACUAGACACGCAUCUUUAGAGAAAGAUUCUAUUCUUAAUUCCAGACAAGAUCUGGCAGAGCGAUUUAGAGCAAAGAAAGAAGAGUUUGAAAAAGAGAACAAAGCUGAGACAAAGCCAAAUUUGGAGAUUUUCCUUGCUCCGAGUACAAAAGAGUGCGAGGAGGAAUCACAGAAUGAAAAAACACAGCCAAAAUUUUUACAGCCUUUAAUAGCUGACUCAGAGUACAAUAGAACUUUCCGAUUAAAAAAGAACGUUCUUAAGAAAACUGAGUCGCCCAGAACGCGACCAAAAAGCAGUACAAUUGUUGUAGUGCCGUUGGUUGAAAAGGAACCAGAUAAAAAUGCUGAUAAUAAUGACUCAAAAUCUGAUAAUAACGACGAAUCCACUGGAAUAAACGUUAUAAUACGACCCGUUACAGCUCAAUCACGAAGAGAACGGUUCCAUAAACGUACCAAUUCAGCGUUUCACGGUACUCUCAAAGAACAACAACCAGUAUUUCGACCUCCCCUAGUUAGAUCGUCUUCGGCACCGAGUUCCAGGCCAGAGAAAAGCAAAUUUCUGGCUACGAAGAGAAAAAUGAAAGGUGCGAAAAAAUAUAAUAAAGACGAGAGCGGUACCAAAAACGAGGUUGAAGUGAAAGAGUGGAGUAAUGCCGUGGCUAAUCCUGGGGAGAUCGUGACAAUGGUGUCGCUGGUGAGUCCUGGAGGAAGCGAUAAUGAAGAGGAGGCUGAGGAGGAUGUUGAGGAAGUUGUGCAGAAGGAGAGGCCCAAGUCGGUGUUGAAGAGGGAGAGUAGUUUUGCUGAGAAGCCUAAUGAGACAGAUUUGACGAAGAAUGCAUCUUUAAGAAAAACGGUUAAAUCUGUUUCAUUUCAACAAUCAAGUAUUCACGCGGUUAGAAGCUUCUCGGCUAGUUUUCCUGCUAGGAGAGGAUCAGUGGCAUGCGCGCUUGCGCCCAGUUCCGGCAACAGCGCCAGUAGUACUAAAAACGGACCGGCAAAAACGCAAGAAAAAAGAAGUACCAACCCUAGUUCCCCUCACAGCGACGAAAGAGUACCAAAGAGGCGACUGCUUCGCGCAAAGACAGAAGAAGCCAAAACAGACUUAUGGCAAAGGACUUCCGAAUUUCCCAGAUCGCGAAACAGCGCAGAAAUACAAACCUCUGCAACUUUUUCGGUUGAUAUCCAGACGAAAACUACCGAAAACUCCAACGAGACAACCUUGGAAGAAUCCAUGAAAUUAAAUUUAGAAGAAAAUAUUAUUUUAAUUACGACAGACGAUCAGAAAAAGGAGGAUCUAUUAGAAAACGAGAAAAAUAUUGAAGAUUUACCACCAGACACUCCAAAUGAAAAACAAUGUUGGGCUAUGUAUUGCAAGAUGACGGAAAAAGGUAUUAAUGUAAGUUACGAUACUAUUUUAAGAGGAUUGCUCACGCCCACUGAAUACAGAAUGAGACGUAAGACAUCAUUAGUAGAAGAAAUGGCAUUACUGGUUAACGCACCACCCUUAGAAAGGGCUGAAUCUAUCGAUCAACAAAAAAGUAUUGAAUAGCUCUCCAUUUGUAAAAUAAAAAUAAAAGAAGUGGUCCAAAA